CUUUCACUCUAUCUGAUUUUAACUUAACACCCAACCAUCGAAGUCAAAAUCAUCUCAUCAUCUUCAGCAUCCAAUUUAUUAGUGUUUGGACAAUUGGAAUGUUACCCAUAUGGACUUUUGACUGUUUGGAUCUUGGAUUUUGAGUAGGAAUUUGUGGACAGAAAGGAAAGGGGAAGGAAAAGGUUAAAAUUCACUAGUCAAACACACAACCUAAGUAAACAUUUUUUAAGUAAACUAAAUAGUGAACAAAAAAACCCUGCCUUUGGACAGUUCAAGAAAUGAAGAAGAGGGGGCAUUCAGGUAAAAACACCUUCAACUUGUCCUUUAUCCCUCUGCCAAUCUGUCCACAGACACUCACUCACUCACCAAUAAUAUUUCCCCCUCCUAGAUUUGAGAGAGAGAGAGAGAGAGAGAGAGAGAUGGCUAGUAGUGGUGUUACUAGUCCAAAAUACCAGUUCUUGUUGUAUGCUCUUCAGUUUCUCCUUUUGUUGAUGCAAAACAAAGUUGAGUGCUACCAAUACAAGGUAGGAGAUUUAGAUGCUUGGGGCAUACCCACUUCAUCAAAUCCACAUGUCUACACCAACUGGGCCAAGUCCAACAAUCAUAUAUUCACCAUUGGAGACUCUCUAAUGUUCCUAUACCCACCAAGUCAAGAUUCAGUUAUUCAAGUCACAGAGCAAUCAUACAGCACCUGCAAUCUUAAAAAUCCAAUCUUGUACAUGAACAAUGGCAAUUCCCUUUUUAACAUCACCAAAGCAGGAGAGUUUUACUUCACCAGUGGCGUAAAGGGUCAUUGCGAGAAAUCCCAGAAACUCCAUGUUUCUGUUGCUGGAAAUGCGUCUUCAAUAGCAUUCUCACCCUCUCAUGGUCCAGCAACUGCACCUUCUUACCCUAACGUGUUUGGCUCCAUCCCAAUGGCGCCUUCCUCUUCGCUUCCCUCUACAUCAUCAUCGUCAUCGCUGCUAACUACUAGUCCGGUGGUUAUCUCGUUUUCGGCUUCCAUUGGAUUCUUCUUGAUGUGUGCACUGGUCAGUGGCAGCAUAUAAGAUUAAGAGGACAUUAUGGUAAUUUCACAUCUCAUAAAAAUGAAUAUCCAGUUGACAUUGAUUUUUUUGUAACCAUUUAUUAUUCCAAUAUGUCUAUCUUCCCUUUAUGAAGUGGGUUUUCUGGUUAGUUCCGUGAAUAUUUUUGUAUUUUGAUCAAUCUGAUUUUAUUUUUCCCUGGAAAAUUAAGAGACUAAGAGGGUAAGAGUUUGAAUCUAGUAAGGAGUGUUAUGCUUCUCUAA